UUUGCUGACUGAUGCGGAAGGCUGCCAAGGAUAAGGAGAGAAAAAUCACUACAGAUUUCUGUGUUUUUACUGAUUACUGAAAGUGAGUUGAACAAUCCAGAUUCUCUGAUUUCCAGUCCAGCCAGCCAGGCCUCCCUCUUUCAAGCUCCUUUUGUCUUAUUUUCCUCUUCCUUCUGAGAAUCAUAAAAUGAGUAAGAGGUAGAAGAUUCCUUCCCAACCAUGUUUCAGGAAAAAGCUCAGCCACAGAACAGUCAAGUGUGGCAUUGCCUAGAGGACUUGUAGAGACAGGUCUCAGAUAGAUCCACCCAGAUUUUGCAAAAAAGGCACCUCCUUCAUCACAAGUUCUAGGACCUUCCAAGUUCAGGAAGAAACUCUACUUCCCCACUGACAACCUGGCACAAUGUACCCAGCAGGACCUGUGUGAGUAAACUGGAGGAUUCUCUACAACAUGACCCUCAGGGACAAUGCAAGUCCUGUUUGCAGCCUGAAGUUCGUGGCUCUCCUGGUGGCUCUAAGUCCAGCACUCCUAUUCCUGGGAGCCGGAGUGCAGCUUCAAAACAACGGGUAUGAUGGAUUACUCGUUGCAAUCAAUCCUCAGAUAUCCGAAGUUCAGAACCUCAUCCCAAAUAUUAAGGAAAUGAUCACUGAAGCUUCUUUUUACCUAUUUAAUGCUACUAAGAGAAGACUGUUUUUCAGAAAUAUAAAGAUUUUAAUUCCUGCCACAUGGAAAGCUAAUAAUUACAGCAAAGUGAAACAAGAAUCAUAUGAAAAGGCAAAUGUCAUAGUGACUAACUGGUAUGGGGCACAUGGAGGUGAUCCAUAUACCCUACAAUACAGAGGGUGUGGAAAAGAGGGAAAAUACAUUUCUUUCACACCUGACUUUCUACUAAAUGAUGACUUAAUAGCUGGCUAUGGAUCAAGAGGCAGAGUGUUUGUCCAUGAAUGGGCCCAUCUCCGUUGGGGUGUGUUUGAUGAAUAUAACAAUGAGAAACCUGUCUACAUAAAUGGGCAAAAUCAAAUUAAAGCAACAAGGUGUUCAUCAGAAAUCACAGGCAUGUUUGUGUGUGAAAAAGGCCCUUGCCCCCAAGAAAACUGUAUUAUUAGUAAGCUUUUCCAAGAAGGAUGCAUGUUUAUAUACAAUAGCACCCAAAAUGCAACUGCAUCAAUAAUGUUCAUGCAAAGUUUGUCAUCUGUGGUUGAAUUCUGUAAUGCAAGUACCCACAACCAAGAAGCUCCAAACCUACAGAACCAAAUGUGCAGCCUCAGAAGCACAUGGGAUGUAAUCUCAGAGUCUGCUGACUUUCAUCACAGCGUUGCCAUGAAUGGGACUGAGCUCCCGCCCCCUCCCAUGUUCUCCCUUUUACAGGCUGGCGAAAAAGUGGUCUGUUUAGUCCUGGAUGUGUCCAGCAAGAUGGCAGAGGCUGGCAGACUCCUUCGACUGCAACAAGCAGUGGAAUUUUACUUGAUGCAGAUUGUUGAAAUUCAUACCUUUGUGGGAAUUGCCAGUUUUAACAGCAAAGGAGCAAUCAGAGCCCAGCUACAUCAAGUUAACAAUGAUGAUGACCGAAAGUUGCUGGUUUCAUAUUUGCCUGCCACUGUGUCAGCUGAAGCAGAAACCAGCGUCUGCUCAGGGCUGAAGAAAGGAUUUGAGGUGGUUGAAAAACUGAAUGGAAAAGCCUAUGGCUCUGUGAUGAUAUUAGUGACCAGUGGAAAUGAUGGGCAUAUCAGCAACUGCUUACUCCCUGUGCUUAGCAGUGGUUCAACCAUUCAUACCAUUGCUCUGGGUUCAUCUGCAGCCCCAAACCUGGAGGAAUUAUCACAUCUUACAGGGGGCUUAAAGUUCUUUGUUCCAGAUAAAUCAAACUCCAACAGCAUGAUUGAUGCUUUCAGUAGAAUUUCCUCUGGAACUGGAGAUAUUUUUCGACAGCAUAUUCAGCUUGAAAGCACGGGUGAGAAUGUUAAACCUCACCAUCAACUGAAAAACACGGUGACUGUGGAUAACAGCGUGGGCAAUGACACUGCCUUUCUAGUCACAUGGCAGACCAGCGGUCCCCCUGAGAUUGUACUAUUUGAUCCUAAUGGAAGAAAAUACAACACAAAUAAUUUCAUCAUCAAUAAAGCUUUGCGGACGGCUCGCCUCUGGAUUCCAGGAACGGCUAAGCCCGGGCUCUGGACUUACACACUGAACAAUACCCACCAUUCUCUGCAAGCCCUGAAAGUGACAGUGAUCUCGUGUGCCUCCCGCUCAGACGUGCCUCCUGCUACUGUGGAAGCUUUUGUGCAAGGAGGCAGCACCCAUUUUCCCCAUCCCAUGAUGAUCUUUGCAAAUGUGAGAAAGGGGUUCUCUCCCAUUCUCAAUGCCACUGUAACUGCUACGAUUGAGCCAGAGACAGAAGAUCCUGUUACGCUGAAACUUUUUGAUGAUGGAGCAGGUGCUGACGUUAUAAAAAAUGAUGGAAUUUACUCGAGGUAUUUUUUCUCCUUUGCUGUAAAUGGUAGAUAUAGCUUGAAAGUGCAUGUCAAUCAUUCUCCCAGCGUAAGCGCCUUAGCCCACUAUAUUCCAGGGAGUCAUGCUAUGUACAUACCAGGUUACAUAGCAAAUGGUAACAUUCAAAUGAAUGCCCCCAGAAAGCCAAUGGGCAGGAAUGAGGAGGAGCAAAAGUGGGGCUUUAGCCGAAUCAGCUCAGGGGGUUCCUUUUCCGUGCUGGGAGUUCCAGCUGGCCCCCAUCCUGAUGUGUUUCCACCAUCCAAAAUUAUUGACCUGGAAGCUGUAAAAGUGGAAGAGGAGGUGACUUUAUCUUGGACAGCACCUGGAGAAGACUUUGACCAGGGCCGGGCUAACAGCUAUGAAAUCAGAAUAAGUAAAAAUCUACAGAAUAUUCAAAAGGACUUUAACAGUGCCAUUUUAGUGAAUACAUCACAGCUAAAUCCUCAACAAGCUGGCACCAAGGAGACAUUUACAUUCUCACCAAAGCUUUUCAUAAACGGACGUGAACAUCAACCUGAUGCAGAGACACAGGAAAGCCACAGAAUUUAUGUGGCAAUACGAGCCAUGGAUAAGAACUCCUUAAAAUCUGCAGUAUCAAACAUUGCCCAGGCAUCGCUGUUGAUUCCCCAUAAUUCUGCGCCUGUGUUUGCCAGAGAUUAUGUUAUAUUGAAAGGAGUUUUAACAGCAAUGGGUUUGAUAGGAAUGAUUUGCCUCAUUAUAGUUGUAACACAUUGUAUUUUAAACAGGAAAAAGAGAGACAGAAAACAGAAUGGAACAAAAUUACUAUGAAUAAAAGCAGAGAGCACCUUCCUCCUUAGAUACAAUACCCAUACCCUGUGCACUUUACAAAAACAUACCAAUAAACACAAAUUAACAUCAAAACUGUUAAAAAUGCUUUGAAUUUUUGCAAAUCAGAUUUUUACAUGGUAAAAAGACAAAAAUUCUUUUGUAACACUCAUUUUGGGGGGAAAGUAGGAAACCCUUAAGCUCAGGCUAUGAACAAAAUAAUAAAAAUUAUUCUCCAGAGUAAUGUCUUUAAAGGCAAAAAAGGCAAGGUCAAAGUUGAAUCAAAGAGUCAAGAAAAGUUUGUUUAAUGCAGGGCAAAAAUAGUCCCAAGGAGAGAAAAGGAGGUUAUGUCUCAAUGAUAUACCGUGUUUCCCCCAAAACAAGACCUAGCCGGACAUUA